AUUGGUACUUACGAUCGUAGAGUUUAACAUCAGAAGGGAAGAGAGCGGCCAAGAUGGCGGAACGGCGAUAGAAAAAUUAUAAAAAAAACUUUAUACUGACUUUACAUAUAUAGAUAAAGUAUGAAGAAAAAUGAAAAAAUAGACUGUAGUGUGUUAACACUCUUGCUUGCAAUUUACUUCUGCUGGGAACCGAUUCGUGUGGCGGCAGUAAGUGAUUGUAACAUAGCUAGCAGUGAUUUCACAGUAGCGUCAGGAACUAUUUGCCGUCUAACUGAUGGAGAUUAUUCAUUUGACACAGUUUCUAUAAGUGGUACUGUGCAAUGUGGAGAAAUAGGAACAGAAAAUACUAAAGUAACCAUCUCCGUAACAGAUUCAUUUGAGAUCACUAAAAGUGGAAUACUACAUGGUAAUGGCUUCGGCCGCGCCUCUUCGAGUAGCACUGAUCAAAACGGCAACGCCGCCGGAUCCGGAGGUGGCUAUGGUGGUCGAGGUGGUGCCAGUGCCGGAGCCUUUCUAGCUAGUGAUGCCGAAUCCAUCUUCAAAGACAAGGUCGACGAACCAAACAAAGUCGGCGGAGCCGGAGGAACCAGCAACGGAGGUUGGGGCGGUGGUCACAUCAAAAUUACAAACACUGGUAGCGGUGACAUCACAAUCGAUGGAAUCCUCAGCGCUGAUGGCGAUGACGCUUCCUCUGGAAAUGGUGGUGGCGGCUCUGGUGGAUCCAUCUGGAUUGAAGCGCCUGACAGUCUUGUAACAGGAUCUGGUCGUAUCGCAGCAAGGGGAGGGAACGGUAAUGGAGAUGGCGGAGGUGGCGGUGGAGGAAGAAUCAAAGUGACGCAUGCGUCAUCUUCCUUUGACGGCCAACUCUUAGCCCAUGGAGGACGUGGUGGUAAGUG